AGCUUUGUGGUUUGACUGACCCACUUUUCGCGUCUACAUUGCUGAUUCAGCGUUUUCCUUUCUCCCCCUCCUGGGCAGAUGGCGGAGUGCACCGUCUACUCUCCCUGCGGCCGUUACGUGGUGCGCUUCACCUCGAAUGCGCAGCAGCAGCAGCUGUGGUUGGAUGUGCGCACCAACUCUCUGGGACUUCCUCCACUUAACGGGGCACCACUCUCAAAGCAACCCCCUGUUCAUGCAGGUUCUGUAGUAGUAAGCCGCAACACAGCCGGCAUUGUGUGGGGUCCCAGCCGAGACGCGGUUCCUUCCUCCUUAACCGCCACCCCAGCAUCGUCCCCACCGCGUCAUCUGGUAGCGUCGCUGAGCGAGGGCGAUGUUGUGGCCCUCACCACGUCUGCCGGGGUGCGCAAGAGCUUCGCCAACUUCUCCAGAAUGCUGUACGACGCCCUCAUUGGCCGAUCCGCGUGCGUCCGCUUCUACGUCGAGACAGUGGCGGAGAUGAAGGAGCGCAUUCAGCGCGAUGUACUGCAGCAACGAAACGCCUCUUCACCCGUUUCGUCUCCCUCCGCGCCAGCGCCUCAGCAGCAACGUACGACAGAGGGAAGCGUGACAGGUGACGAGGGUUCGUCUGCAACGCCCGUAAGCCUGGACACGACGAAUGGAGGUGUGGCAGCCAUCCGACAGGGGACGAAGGAGAGCAACGAGGUCCACAGCGGGGAUCAGAAGAGCACAAGAAAUAAAACACUUGACCGUAUCUGCGCAGCUGUCGGCGACACGGUCAUUGAAUUAGACGCCGACAUCGCCGACGAGGUGCUGGAGCAGCGUUUUAUCACCGUCGACUACGACGUCGACUUCACUCGAGCCAUCUUUCCAAUUCCGCUGUCCGAGGUGACGGAGACGGAUGACGAUGAUGUGCAGGCAGCCAAGGAAUCCGCCGCUGUAAGUGCGCCGACUGUGGCACACAAGUUCACCGCCCCCGACACCGAGGCGCGUUUGGAGCGGGAGCUGCGCAGCACACUGGAACGCCUGGCGUGUCUCGAGAACGAAAACGGCAAACUCCGGCGAGAGAACGCGGCGUUGGUGCAACUCAGCAAGCAGAAGAUGCACGAGAUGCAGCGCCUCUGUGACGACUUCCAAAAACGUGUUCAGGACGCCGCCGGCGCCGAGAAGCUGCGUGCCAAGAACGCAGAGCUGCGUGUGCAGCUGCAAGAGGCCAUCGAGGAGCGCCAGGCGGUGCUGCGCACGCUGGAGCGCGAACGCAGUCAGCGCCGCCUUCUCAACCGUCCUGCUUCCGCUUCUACUUCUAAGAGAAACGCCGACUUGCAGCGGCAGUCUAGCACGUCGCGUGGCGGGGAUAUUGGUGGUACAAGACAGCGUUCGUCGAGCAGCAGACGCGACAACCCAUACCUCCGUUCUCUCUCUCAAAACUCGAAUCGUGGCGGCAGUGAAAGUGGCGGAAACACACGUCGGCCCUACAACCGGCGACACGGAUCUCUCGGCAGCAGCGACGCCCGUCGUGACCACCACGGGCAGCCCUUGUUGUCUCCCACACCCACGCCAACGUCGCGACGACUACAGCGGCGCGUCCCGUCUCGCUUCGAUACGCCUCCUGGGCCGUCCGCACACGGCCAAACACGCAGCGCCCGUCGCUCUCCGAGUUACAGCGGCAGCAACCACCGCCCAAUCCGUGCCUCGUCCACCCACAGUUCCAGCAGCGCUCGCACUUGCAAUACCGACGGUGGCGGUGGGGACUCUCCAGCGCCGCGAGAUCGCACAGGGGGGCGUGUGGCGGACGUCGUCAAACCAGGUCGCAGUCGCAGUCAAAGCGACAAGAACAGCGCCGACCGCCGCCUUCACUCCCGCGAGUCGUCGUCGUCUUCGCUGCCGCGGCGUGGCCCUAGCCUGUGGGCGGACACGAGUGAUCGCCCCAGCCCGCGUGGCUCCGUGGCGUCCUCGCGGGGCUCCAGCGCGAGUCAUGAUCGACUUUAUCGCGCCACCACCGUUAGCAGUCGUCAGCAUCAGACACCGACGGCGUUUUCGCUGGAGGAGCGGGGGGCCCGACGCGCUGUCUUUCAUUAG